UGCGGAUUCGAACUCCCUGCAUGUCCUCCUCCUUCCCGCUGUUCCGUGACGCCUUGCUCCACUCUUCACUUUCUGUUUCUUCUCUGGUUUUGGUCUCUCUUCCACUCUCUCUCAUGCCGAACUCCGGCAAAGAUCAGAGUGGUCCUCCUCGUCAUCCUAACCGUCGCACUCAUUUACGCUCAUCCUCGCACUCUCACACUCUGAAUCAAUCUUUAUCGCCGGGGAAUCAACCCUUCCCUUCCUCUUUUGGGGGACUUCUUCCCGCUUUUCCUUUGUCUUCUUCUCCUUCUCCUUCUCCUUCUCCUUGUCCUUGUCCUUCUCUUCCUCUUCCUUCCAACGGCUUCAAUCAUUCCUCCUGUCCUCGCGCGGACUUCAGCAACAUUAGCGAGUUGAAGCAAACGCAUGAAAUAAAAAACUUUGAGAGUCAGACUGCUAGACAGGGAAUCAUCAAUGGGAAUGGCGAAGCAAUUGAUGACCAUUCAGUUGGACCAGAAUAUUGCCCAAGUGGUAAGCAUUACAAUAAACUGAAGGCUUCAAAACAUGUCAAAUUUGGUGCUCAGAGAUCAAAUGCUGAGUCUCCUAACAAUAUGGGUGAAGCCAGCAGUUGUCGUUAUGACAGUUCCUUAGGCUUGUUAACAAAGAAGUUUAUUGAUUUGAUCCACAUAUCUAAGGAUGGUAGCCUUAAUCUAAACAAUACAGCAGCUGUGUUGAAGGUUCAAAAAAGGAGAAUAUAUGAUAUAACAAAUGUUCUUGAAGGAAUAGGAUUAAUAGAGAAAACUUCAAAGAACCAUAUACACUGGACGGGAUUUGACUUGUUAGGGUCAAGGGAGCUUGAUGAACAAGUUACUAGAUUGAAGGCUGAAGUUGAACGUUUAUGUGCCGAAGAAUGCAGGCUUGAUGAUUGCAUAAGAGAAAGGCAAGAGCUCUUGACGGUGUUGGAUGGAGAUAAAAAUUUUCAGAAGAACUUAUUUUUGACGAAGGAAGAUAUCAUGAACCUUCCUUGCUUCCAGAAUCAAACACUUAUUGCAAUAAAAGCUCCUCAAGCCAGUUCUGUUGAAGUUCCUGAUCCAGACGAGGAUGUUACUUUCCCCCAAAGACAGUUCAGAAUCAUUGUUAGAAGUACCACUGGGCCAAUUGAUGUGUACCUCUUGAGCAAAUACGAAGGCCAAUAUGAUGAUGUAACUGUCAAGCAAGCUAAACCAAUGGAUUCUGCUUGGGAUAUUGGCCGCCCCUGCCAUAGAGAUGAAAAGGCCACGCUGUCUUCGGAAACCCACCAUGAUAGCCAGAAGAAUUUUUCUGAUACAUGCACCUCAUCCGGCUCAGACGUGCCCGGGAUCCAGAAGAUAACCCCAGACUUUCGGAUUGAUGAUGAUUAUUGGUUUCGAUCAGAUCUUGAAGUCAGCAUUACAGAUUUGUGGGCGAAUGAGGAAUGGGCUCAAAUAAACGACCUCGAAGAUGAAUCUGCAGUGCGCAGUGCAACAUUGGAUCAACGACAAGAAACAGAAACACCCACAGGCAUCGUCCAUGAGCCAGACAAGAAUGGGGUCCUCGGCUUUCAAAGAUGACAGAUGUAUAUUGGUACUUUUUCAGAUUCUAGAUUAGAAAUUUUGCUGCUAGAUAGCUUUUUUCUUAACUAUUUUGUGUAUCAAUAAUAGCUGAUGUUCUUGUUUAUAUCAAUAAUAGCUGGUGUUAUGGGCAGCGAAAUAAAUGGGCCCAUGCUUCAU